AUGCCGCAGACCGGGAACCAGACGAGCUUGUACAACAAGCUUGUCAUUACUUUUGUCGCCAUCGGCGGAACCACAUAUGGAUAUGCCGCCUCAAUUAUCGGAAGCACAAUUGGACAGCCGGGCUGGUACCAAUACUUCAACCUGCCCAAUGCUGGCGAACCGGGCUACGAUACUAUAACUACGCCGGCGAUUGCGACGGCCAAUGGUCUCUUCUCCGCUGGAGGUGCGGUUGCGUGUCUCAUUCUCAUGUGGGCAUGUGAUUAUUAUGGUCGAUUAAGGAGUAUUCAGUUUGGCUGUGCGCUGGGUAUUCUCGGUGGUACACUACAAUGUGCUGCUCAAAAUCUUGCUAUGUUCCAGGCUGGAAGAUGGAUCAUGGGAAUGUGCGUUGGCCUUAUGGCCACAGUUACUCCCAUGUAUCUCUCCGAGAUGUCUAGUCCCAUGGCCCGCGGCUGGCUCGUCGGCCACCAUGCCAUAUUCCUCGUCUUUGGUUACAUGUUAUCCUCUUGGAUUGGCUUUGCUGUGUACUUCUCCAAGAACCUCGAAUUUGGCUGGCGCUUCCCUUUGGCUUUCCAAGUCCUGCCCCCACUGGUGUUGCUCAUAGGGUCACCUUGGAUUCCCCGCUCACCUCGAUGGCUCAUGUCCAAGGGACAUAAUGAAGAAGCAUGGACUGUGCUGGUCCGCCUUCGCAAGUCUGCUACUGACCCGGAGGAUUUGAUUGCAAGAGAAGAGUACCACCAGAUCAAGAAGCAGCUUGAACUCGAUGCGAAGAAGCUUGAGGCUUAUGGAGGUAGCCCUUGGAAGGCUGUCUUUAAGAAGAGGAGCUACCGCAAGCGCAUGAUUAUUGGCUUUAUGACACAAUGGGGUGCUGAGUUUGGAGGACCUCUUAUCAUUAACAACUACGCUGUCAUCCUCUAUACUAGCCUGGGGCAAACUGGCUACAUGCCCCUCCUGCUCUCAGCUUUAUGGUUGACAACCGCUGGCCUCAUUUACAACCCUGGUGGUGCCUGGUUGCACGAUAAGGUUAACUCGCGCCGAAAGAUGUACAUGACUGGCUUCAUCGGCAUCGUCAUCACUACAUCCAUCUACUGUGCCAUGGUGUCGUUAUAUGCAGGAACAGAUAACAAAGCAGGCAAUGCCAUUGGUGUGCUGUUCAUGUUUCUGUAUCUUGCUUUCCAAGGAACAUUCUGCAAUACCACCAUGUAUCUAUACGUCUCCGAGAUCUUCCCCACCGAGAUCCGAUCUAUCGGUAUUGGAUGGUCUCUCUUUGGACAGUUUGCAGCCACCAUUAUCCUUCUCCAAUCAGCACCCAUCGGCUUCAACGCAGUAGGAUGGAAAUACUUCCUUCUCAUCAUCUGCUGGAGUGCCCUUUUUGUCCCCGCCAUUUACUUCUUCUGGCCAGAAACUGCAAGGUUGUCUCUGGAAGAGAUUGGUAAGCAGUUUGGCGAUGAAGUUGCUGUGCACAUCAACGAUGCUACUGAGGAGGAGCGUGCUGCCAUUGACAGAGAGAUUAUUGGGGCAGGCUAUAGCGAACACAAAAUUCCUGGCGAUGUUGUGAAUGACGUCCCCUCGAGUAGCAGUAGCCAAUAUAUUGCCACAAAGCAGUAG